ACAGUUUCGGAGUGGUUAAGAAAAUGUGAUCACUUCCCACAAUUCCCAUCAGUUGGAUUCUCAGACGUUGAUGUUCCUUACUCUCUUUUGCCUUGUCAAAAGGCUAAAACACACACAAUUCUUUCCUUCCGAUCCAACAGAGAGAAAUACAAGGGCGAAAGAAAGAGAGAGAGAGAGAGAGAGAGAGCAAAGGCGGAAAAUAGGCGAUAGAACUUCAUUCCAGACGCAUUCCAUUUGUAACACUUUUUCUCAAACACCUUGCGGACAAAAUUUUCCAAGCUCCUUCUUCCUCCUCCUCCUCCUCCCCUCCUUUGCAUCUUAGAUUUUGUUUCCCCAUUUUGCACUAGAGACAAAAAGGGUUUCCACUCCCCCAGAGCAUUAUUCAUUCAUUCGCUCCCCCUUCCUGGAAAUUCCAUUUUUAAUUUAUGCUUGGAAAAAUUCGAUCUUUCCCCGUUUAGCUCAAUCUCUUGAUCUUAGCAAGCAAAACCCGGAGGAGAAAAAGCUUGUCGAUUCUCGGGUUGUUUUACUGUGGGGGAAGGAAAAAUGAUGCAGAUGCGAAGACCGCCACGGGUUUCGAUGAGUCGCUGCUUAGGGGUUUUCUUAUUUAUUGGGUGCUUUCUGGUGCCGGCUUCUCUGGCGAGAUUCAUCGUCGAGAAGAACAGCCUGAGAGUGACAUCGCCGGAGAAGAUAAAGGGCACCUAUGACACUGCGAUAGGCAAUUUCGGGAUACCUAAAUAUGGGGGUAGCAUGGCGGGUGUUGUGGUGUACCCAAAGGACAACAAGAACGGCUGCAGGGAAUUUGCGGACUUUGGGAUUUCUUUCAAGUCCAAGGCUGGAGCCUUGCCCACUUUCGUUUUGGUGGAUCGUGGAGAUUGCUUCUUUGCGCUUAAGGUUUGGAAUGUUCAGAAAGCAGGGGCUUCGGCUGUCUUGGUUGCUGAUGACAUUGAUGAAGCAUUGAUAACCAUGGACACACCUCAAGAAGAUGGUUCAUCGGCAAAAUAUGUUGAGAACAUAACAAUACCUUCUGCUCUUAUUGAGAAAAGCUUCAGCGACAUACUGAAGAAAUCACUGAGCAAUGGUGAUAUGGUGAAUGUAAAUCUUGAUUGGAGAGAAGCUGUUCCUCAUCCUGAUGAUCGAGUGGAAUACGAGUUGUGGACCAACAGUAAUGACGAAUGUGGUGUCAAAUGUGAUAUGUUGAUGGAGUUUGUGAAGGAUUUCAAGGGUCCAGCUCAGAUACUUGAGAGAGGCGGGUACACUCAGUUCACUCCUCAUUACAUAACGUGGUACUGCCCACAGGCAUUUACGUUGAGCAGACAGUGCAAGUCACAAUGUAUAAAUCAUGGGAGAUAUUGUGCUCCUGAUCCUGAACAGGAUUUCAGUAUUGGCUAUGAAGGGAAAGAUGUCGUUCUCGAGAACUUAAGGCAACUGUGUGUUUAUAAAGUAGCAAAUGAGACUCAUAGACCCUGGACAUGGUGGGACUAUGUAACCGAUUUCCAGAUCAGAUGUCCAAUGAAAGAGAAGAAGUACAACAAGGAGUGUUCUGAUAGUGUUAUUAGAUCUCUUGGACUUGAUAUGAAAAAGAUUGAGAAGUGUAUGGGAGAUCCAGAUGCUGAUUCUGAUAAUCCUGUUUUGAAAGAAGAGCAAGAUGCCCAGGUUGGCAAAGGAACUAGGGGUGAUGUAACUAUACUGCCUACUCUUGUUGUCAACAAUCGACAAUAUCGAGGAAAGCUGGCGAAAGGUGCUGUUCUGAAAGCCAUAUGUUCUGGUUUUGAGGAAACAACUGAACCAGCUGUUUGCUUGACUGGCGAUGUUGAGUCAAAUGAAUGCUUAGAGAAUAAUGGUGGUUGCUGGAAAGAUAAUGUUGCAAACAUCACUGCUUGCAAGGAUACAUUUCGUGGGAGGGUAUGUGAAUGCCCCCUUGUUGACGGUGUGCAGUUUAAAGGAGAUGGAUACAGUCACUGUGAAGUGAGUGGACCGGGAAGGUGCAAGAUAAACAAUGGUGGAUGUUGGCAUGAAUCUCGAGAAGGACAUGCAUUCUCUGCCUGUUUGGAUGUUGAUGGGGGUAAAUGUCAGUGUCCUUCUGGAUUUAAGGGCGAUGGCAAAAAUAGUUGUGAAGAUAUUGAUGAAUGUAAGGAAAAGAAAGCAUGUCAGUGUGCUGAAUGCAGCUGUAAGAAUACUUGGGGAAGUUACGACUGCAGUUGCAGUGGAGGUCUGCUUUAUAUUAGAGACCAUGAUACCUGUAUAGGUGAGUUUGUUUGCAGCAAAACUAGAAACUCAAACCGCUAUGAAACGUCCAUUUUGUGGGCAGCUUAUUCUCUCUAUCCUUGAUGAGCUUACUGCAGGUAAGGCAGCGGCUAGUAAUGAAGUGAGAUCUGCAUGGGCUGCUGUUUGGGUAAUCUUUAUUGGCUUGGGAAUGGCUGCUGGUGGUGGAUAUCUCAUCUACAAGUACCGAUUGAGGUCGUACAUGGAUUCGGAGAUCAGGGCGAUAAUGGCACAGUACAUGCCUCUUGAGAGUCAAGCAGAAGUGCCGAAUCACCUCGGUGACCAACACGCUUGAAGAGUGUUGCAGAGGCGAUCGAGGUGAAUCCAUGGCGUCUAAUAGAUUACUCAGGGAAACUAUUUGAGACCAACCAACCAGGGGGCAAUGUGUGGUUUUAUACGCUGAGAGCCCUUGUAUGUUCAUCAGUCAACUCAAGGAACGAAUAUUGGGUGUCUGUAAUGUUGACAAAUAAAGGGAAUGGUGAUGUCACAAAGUUGUUGCUGUUGUUUGUUAGUAGUAGUAGUAACUAGUAAGUAGUAGACAUGUAACAACGUUUGCUAUUAGGGGGAUUGGGAGAGACUAACUCGGAUUUUGUUUUUGUUUAUUUCCCCUUUGACGAGUUUUUUUUUUUUACCUUUCUGCCGUCUCCAUAACCCAGUCAGUCUGCAUUUUAUCAUAUGGUGAUAUUACUGUAAUCCACUUUCCUUACCUUUCGUGUAGAGCAGAAGAGCUGAUAGCAAUACUAUUAUGAAAUAAGCUGAC